AUGGAUGGCCAUUUUACACUUGGUGGUCAGAAUCACACUCAACCGAACGCGACCACCAACGCCUCUGGCGUGUUUCAAACCAACUUUGUAGAGAUGGCCCAAAGUGUUGUUCCGUUGCUUGCGGACGGCUCCAACUUUGAUAGCUGGGACAGCUCUAUGCAAGAAUCCCUGGCGCUUGUAGAAGGCGCAAGCGUGUACCUCAGCCCAGGGGUGCUUCCUUCGUGGCCGCUCUGGCAACAGGAUCUGGCCGAUGGUGUCAACCAGCUCUUACAUUACUCCACGGACCCAUACCUACGCAUGAUCAUCCAUAGUGUCUCACCACAUCCCUCACUACGUUACGCCCAUCUUACUCAAUUAUUUGCGGGUAUACCAUUCGCCAAUCGGCUGAACCAGUUAGAAGACCUUCUCUUGUGUCGAUACAGCUCAACGUCCGACACUGUUGACACAUAUGUUGCACGCAUGUGGAAUCAACGACGUGAUCUUCAAAGGCAUGGGAUGAGCAUAGGGGAUGAUGUAUUCGCGGCGUUGCUGAUUCUGGGAACGCCCGAAACUUUUGAAAUCAACACUCACCGCUUCGAGCAGGCUGUUAGAAUGCACCCUCAAGUUCCAGUCGAUAGCCAUUGGGUUGUAAGCGCCCUCUUGGAAGACGAGGCCAUCGCUAGACACCUGCAUCGUCAGUCAACUCUUGCAUCACAUGUUUACUCUCGAAGCUCAAUGAAUGAUGUCGCCUCUGCCUACAGCCAACCACAGCGCGGUCAAUGA